GUCCUCCAAGGUCCUCCAAGGUCCUCAAGUCCUCCAAGGUCCCCAAGGCCUCCCAACAACCCUCAGUCCUCCAAGGUCCUUAAGUCCUCCAACAACCCUCAGGCCUCCAACAACCCUCAGUCCUCCAACAACCCUCAGGCCUCCAAGGUCCUCCAAGGACCUUAAGUCCUCCAAGGUCACCACGUCCUCCAACAACCCUCAGUCCUCCAAGGUCCUCCAAGGUCCACAAGUCCUCCCAACAACCCUCAGUCCUCCAAGGUCCCUCAACAACCCUCAGUCCUCCAAGGUCCCCCAGUCCUCCAACAACCCCAGGUCCUCCAACAACCCCACGUCCUCCAAGAUCCUUAAGUCCUCCAAGGUCCCCAGGUCCUCCGACAACCCUCAGACCUCCAAGGACCCCAAGUCCUCCAACAACCCCAACUCCUCCAACAACCCCACAUCCUCCAAGGACCUUAAGUCCUCCAAGGUCACCAGGUCCUCCAACAACCCUCAGUCCUCCAAGGUCCUCCAAGGUCCUCAAGUCCUCCAAGGUCCACUAGUCCUCCCAACAACCCUCAGGCCUCCAAGGUCCUCCAAGGACCUUAAGUCCUCCAAGGUCACCACGUCCUCCAACAACCCCGAGGCCUUCAAGGUCCUUAAGUCCUCCGAGGUCAUCAAGGCCUCCCAACAACCCCAUGUCCUCCAACAGCCCUCAGGCCUCCAAGGUCCUUAAGUCCUCCAAGGUCUCCAGGUCCUCCAACAACCCCACGUCCUCCAAGGUCCUCCAAGGUCACCAAGGCCUCCCAACAACCCUCAGUCCUCCAAGGUCCCCCAGUCCUCCAACAACCCUCAGACCUCCAAGGUCCCCCAGUCCUCCAACAACCCCAAGUCCUCCAAGGGCCUUAAGUCCUCCAAGGUCACCAAGUCCUCCCAACAACCCCAAGUCCUCUAAGGUCCUUAAGUCCUCCAACAACCCCAGGUCCUCCAACAACCCCAUGUCCUCCAAGGACCCUCAGUCCUCCAAGGUCACCAGGUCCUCCAACAACCCUCAGUCCUCCAAGGUCCUCCAAGGUCCUCAAGUCCUCCAAGGUCCACUAGUCCUCCCAACAACCCGCAGUCCUCCAACAACCCUCAGGCCUCCAAGGUCCUCAAGUCCUCCAACAACCCCAGGUCCUCCAAGGUCCUCCAAGGACCUUAAGUCCUCCAAGGUCACCACGUCCUCCAACAACCCUCAGUCCUCCAAGGUCCACAAGUCCUCCCAACAACCCUCAGUCCUCCAAGGUCCCUCAACAACCCUCAGUCCUCCAAGGUCCUCCGAGGUCCACAAGUCCUCCAACAACCCUCAGUCCUCCAGCAACCCUCAGUCCUCCAACAACCCUCAGGCCUCCAAGGUCCCUCAACAACCCUCAGUCCUCCAAGGUCCUCCGAGGUCCACAAGUCCUCCAACAACCCUCAGUCCUCCAGCAACCCUCAGUCCUCCAACAACCCUCAGGCCUCCAACAACCCUCAGGCCUCCAAGGUCCUCCAAAGUCCUUAAGUCCUCCAAGGUCACCAAGUCCUCCAACAACCCUCAGGCCUCCAAGGUCCUCCAAGGUCACCAAGGCCUCCCAACAACCCUCAGUCCUGCAAGGUCCCCCAGUCCUCCAACAACCCACAGUCCUCCAACAACCCCACAUCCUCCAAGGACCUUAAGUCCUCCAAGGUCACCACGUCCUCCAACAACCCUCAGGUCUCCAAGGUCCUCCAAGGUCCUCAAGUCCUCCAAGGUCCACAAGUCCUCCCAACAACCCUCAGUCCUCCAAGGUCCCUCAACAACCCUCAGUCCUCCAAGGUCCCCCAGUCCUCCAACAACCCCAGGUCCUCCAACAACCCCACGUCCUCCAUGGUCCUUAAGUCCUACGAGGUCCACAAGUCCUCCAACAACCCUCAGUCCUCCAGCAACCCUCAGUCCUCCAACAACCCUCAGGCCUCCAAGGUCCUCAAGUCCUCCAACAACCCCAGGUCCUCCAAGGUCCUCCAAGGACCGUAAGUCCUCCAAGGUCACCACGUCCUCCAACAACCCUCAGUCCUCCAAGGUCCACAAGUCCUCCAACAACCCCAGGUCCUCCAAGGUCCUCCAAGGACCUUAAGUCCUCCAAGGUCACCAAGUCCUCUAACAACCCUCAGGCCUCCAAGGUCCUCCAAGGUCCACAAGUCCUCCAACAACCCCAAGUCCUCCAAGGUCCUCCAAGGACCUUAAGUCCUCCAAGGUCACCAAGUCCUCCCAGCAACCCUCAGUCCUCCAAGGUCCCCCAGUCCUCCAACAACCCCAAGUCCUCCAACAACCCUCAGUCCUCCAAGGUCCUUAAGUCCUCCGAGGUCCAGAAGUCCUCCAACAACCCUCAGUCCUCCAACAACCCUCAGGCCUCCAAGGUCCUCAAGUCCUCCAACAACCCUCAGGCCUCCAAGGUCCUCCAAGGUCCUCAAGUCCUCCAAGGUCCCCAGGUCCUCCGACAACCCUCAGUUCUCCAAGGUCCCCCAGUCCUCCAACAACCCCAAGUCCUCCAAGGUCACCAAGUCCUCUAGCAACCCCAGGUCCUCCAAGGUCCUCAAGUCCUCCAACAACCCCACGUUCUCCAAGGUCCUCCAAGGACCUUAAGUCCUCCAAGGUCACCACGUCCUCCAACAACCCUCAGACCUCCAAGGUCCUCAAGUCCUCCAACAACCCCAUGUCCUCCAAGAUACUUUAGUCCUCCAACAACCCCAAGUCCUCCAACAACCCCAAGUCCUCCAACGACCCCAAGUCCUCCAAGACCCCAAGUCCUUUGUGACCCCCAAGUCCUCCAAUGACCCCAAGUCCUCCAAGCUCCCAGGUCCUCCGAGCCCCCCAAGACCCCCCGAGCCCUCCGAGCCCCCCAAGCCCUCCGAGACCCCCAAGACCCCCAAGUCCUCCAAGGUCCUCCAUGACCCCCAAGUCCUCCAAGGUCCCCAAGUCCUCCAAGUUCCCAGGUCCUCCGAGCCCCCCAAGACCCCCCAAGCCCUCCGAGCCCCCCAAGCCCUCCGAGACCCCCAAGAUCCCCAAGUCCUCCAAGGUCCUCCGAGACCCCCAAGUCCUCCAACGACCCCAAGUCCUCCCAGGUCCUCCGAGCCCCCCAAGACCCCCCAAGCCCUCCGAGCCCCCCAAGCCCUUUGAGACCCCCAAGUCCUCCAAGGUCCUCCAAGACCCCCAAGUCCUCCAACGACCCCAAGUCCUCCAAGCUCCCAGGUCCUCCGAGCCCCCCAAGACCCUCCGAGCCCCCCAAGUCCUCUGAGACCCCCAAGUCCUCCAAGGUCCUCCAAGACCCCCAAGACCUCCGAGACCCCCAAGUCCUCCAAGGUCCCAGGUCCUCCGAGCCCCCCAAGACCCCCCAAGCCCUCCGAGCCCCCCAAGCCCUCCGAGACCCCCAAGUCCUCCAAGGUCCCAGGUCCUCCGAGCCUCCCAAGACCCCCCAAGCCCUCCGAGACCCUCAAGACCUCCAAGGUCCCCAAGUCCUCCACCAACCCCAAGACCUCCAAGUCCCCAAGUCCUCCAAGUUCCCAGGUCCUCCGAGCCCCCCAAGACCCCCCAAGCCCUCCGAGCCCCCCAAGCCCUCCGAGACCCCCAAGAUCCCCAAGUCCUCCAAGGUCCUCCGAGACCCCCAAGUCCUCCAACGACCCCAAGUCCU